CGAUGUUACUCUUAACACAAACUUCAUCUUUAUAAAAGGCCAUUCGAUUAAACAACUGAUUUGAUUGGUUCAAAUCGUGACUAACUUAAUACACUCGUAGAAAAAUGAAGAACAAUUAUGGUUAUGUUAUUUAAUUCAUAAAUGUCGUUUUUGACAUUAAACGAGCGAUAAAUUUAUCUUUCAACUUUAAAAGGCCUUUUAAGUUUGUUUCAUAUCGAUUUGAAAAUGGAUUUGUUGGGAUCCAUUAUGAAUUCAAUGGACAAACCACCGGGUUUAAGCGAGAAAGAAAAAGUGCUGCUAAAAAAAAGAAAACAAGAAUUAGAACGUCGUCAAAACGAAGAAAAGAAAGAGCUGAAAUGUUUUAAGGAACGAGUCGAAACGAAGUUGUUGUCGUAUUUCAAAGAUCCCAACAACACUUACUUAAAAUUCGAGCCCAUGGAUCAAAUACACAGAAGCAUUGUGCACGAACUAGCCGAAUCCUGUGGUCUUCUUUCCUAUGCUUUUGGAAUUGAUGGUGUUGAUAGAUACAUUAGAAUCUACAGAAAGGAGAAUCCACCUUGUGAAGAUGAACUGGCCGCUCGGAGAAGAGGUGAACCGUGGAAUGAGGAUAUUAAAAGAAGACUAACUGAAAAGAGAAAAUUGGAUCUAGAGCAAGAAAAAGAAUCCACGAGCAAUAAGAGACCGAAGAAGUUUACUCCAAACACCAAUUACAAAGAUAAAUAUGCACAUUUGAUUGGACAAGAUGCCGCAUUGGAGGCGGCCAAGAAAACCGUAACAAAUAAAUCGUAUGGCUUUGUGCCAAGCGAAAACAAAAAAGACGUAAGAUCUAUCGAGCAAACUAUGGCAGACAUCAGAGCGAAAAAGCAACAGAAACUUGGAGAACUGCCAGCCUCAUCCUCAGAUAACGCUCCGCUCACUUGAAAUAUGAUUUGUGAUAUUUAAUUCCCUUGUAAUAGCGUUAUUUCUGAUCUUAUAGUUCUAAGAUUGUUGAGUAUUAUUUUAUUUAUAACUAACAUUUCAAAUAAAUAUUUUAAAUAAAACGAUAAGGUAAAAAGAGUAACAAUAUAUUUA